ACACGGGAACGCACUCAGUUGGGACAGUGACAUGCUAUGCGUCAAUUCAAUCGACAAUUAGUUUUGCAAUUAAUAUUCUAUUUUGCAUUUGACCAUAUUUAUGGACAACAAGUGUCCGAACGUAUUGUUGGCGGCAGCGUGGUAACACAAAAGAAAUAUCGCUAUUAUGUGCGUCUGCACUAUCAAGGAGAGUUCAAGUGCGGCGGUUCGUUGGUGCGGAACAAUGCUGUACUCACGGCAGCCCACUGUGUCAAGGGCAGCAAUGUGAAGGCGUUGCGAGUACACGCGGACACUAUUAAUUUGGGCGACACUGGCGUAGUGAGAACGAUUAAGAAUGCGCUAGUUUCAAAAACGUACAAUGCGGCAACGCUAAAUUACGAUGUAGCAAUCUUAAUACUCUCCUCUGCCAUACCGAGUGCCAGUUUUACGGCGAUAUCAUUGGAUAAGAGCGCUAUCGCUGUCGGUACGAGUUGCCUGGUUAUUGGUCAUGGCUAUACUAAAGAAAACGGCAUUGUCUCACGACAAUUGCAAGAGAUCUAUGUACCUGUCGUAAGUCGGGCAGUUUGUCAACGGAAAUAUCGUGGUACCGGUGCUAUUACACAGUAUAUGAUGUGCGCUUCGGAACCGGGUAAAAAGGAUUCGUGUUCUGGUGAUUCUGGCGGUCCGAUGAUAUGCAACGGCAAACAAGCUGGCAUUGUUUCGUGGGGUAUGGGUUGUGGGCGUGUCAAAUAUCCGGGAGUUUACACAGACAUAAGCAAGGUGAAUAGUUUCAUCGAAAAAGCACUUAAAAAGUAUCCGUAAGCAGGAAGUGGAGCAGAAUUGUAUGUUAUUGCAAUACUGUACUGUUAUCUUUGCGUGACAUAAUACUAUUAAGAUUAAAGAUAUUGUAAUUAUUUAAAUGUAGUUAUUUAUUAAAAAUACACAAUAGUUAUGUAAUCACUUUUGUAUAUAUUAAAUGUAAAUGGUUUAGCAUGCCGGAAAUAAAACGAAUCUAAAAUCGGGUGAGCCCUGACUCUUAACAAGA